AUGACUUCGAUGCCAUUAACAAGGAAUUGGAUGCGUUUUUCAAACACAAACAAAGAAGUCGAUGCAAAGAUGGAGUUCCUAAAUACUCUCACAGACGAAGCGUUUGACGAAUGCACCAUACCUGAGAUAAACCUAAAUGAUUUUGAAGGAAUGUCGGAAGAUGAAGCACCACAAGAGAAGCAGAGUGAUAGUGAGGGUGACGAUGAAGAGAAAUUGCAGUUUCAAUACUCAACCCAUGAUCCGAAGGUGAAAUGGAAGAAUAUGAAGCCAGUUCUUGGAGAGAGGUAUGAAUCACCACACCAACUAAAGCUUUGUUUGACAAAUUACUCUAUAAGUAGGGGUUAUCCAAUUAGGUUCAAGAAAUGUGAUAAUGUAAGGCUCGUGGCUGUAUGUGCAAGUGAUCCUAAGAAAUUUUAA